AUGGCGGCUGAGCUGCACCCGUGUAGCGGAAAGCUAAUCGGACUGUCGAAUUCGAACCGAACCGCUCAGCGGAACCAACCAGUCCAGGAAUUUAACCACGGUUUGGUUCUAAGCAGAGAGCCGCUGAAAGACCGCGAUGUAUUCACCGUCCGUAUUGACAAGAAGGUAAAUAGAACUGUCACUUUCGGAUGGGGGGAGAGUGCAACUAACGUUAGUGUCAGUGGGACGGGGUCUCUGUUGUCCGCAGUGGUGCUCGUACCUUCUAUUCCUUGCUGCUUGGGCGUGCGCUGUAUGACAAUCAAGCAGUACAGGAUUUACAGCUAUAAUUUUAGCUAUAUCCUGUCCAAAAUGUACUAACAUAUUUUUGUAACGGCCCAUUGACAACUGACAUUGUUGAACAGAAUUAGCGAGCUAGCAUGGGGUGCUGUUUGUGUGGUCCCGUCAAUAUGUUUUUGAAGGUGGCUAGCUAGUUAGCUAGUUUAGAUGGCUAACUAGCUAUGUCUUUGCUACCGACUAAGUCUAGCUCUACAGUAGUUAUCUAAGUUAUAGCUGACGUUAUCGUAUUAGCGAGCUUUUUUGGUGUGUUGAUCGAACCAGCAGGUGCAUCACUGUCAAAACACUAAGUUAACGUUAGCUAGCUAGUUAGUGACUAGUUUAGUCAAGUGCCUAUUAUUACCACGACCAACAUUUUUGACAGCAGCACUCUAGCUAGCUAGCAACAGUCACUUGGUUGACAGCAGCAGUUCAGUUAGUGACAUGUCCAGCUAGUAGUCAGAGGACGUCUACCUAAUGACAACUAGACGAGAGAAGCAUACUGGUUGAUUCAAGUUAACCUAUCUGUCAGGUAGGCCCUAUGGCACUACUGUGGUCUUGACCAUAGAUGCAUAGAACCCCAUUUAAUAUAUUAUCGGUGGUCUUGAUAAGAAAAAGACUGGGAGUAAAGGGCAAAGCAGAUCUCAGUCUUAUCCUAGUUGGUGCAUGGUCACCUCGAGGUAGAAGUUGCAUUCACCCCUAACCACAGCUCUAUGGUCAGACAAUUGACAAAUGUUGACAAAAACAACUGACCCGUCUGUGUCCGUUGGCUAGGGGAAAACUUCUCCCUAUUAUGCACAGGCUCAUUCCUGAAAAACAUAGCUGUAGUUUCUUAGUGAUGCACAUUGUUUUGAGCCCUAAUUUAUCAGAAUGUAGUCUUAGGCUAACAGUUAGUUACUGUUGUUAUAGGUCUACCUGCCUAUGCAGCAUUUAGACUCCUUAUCUCUAUGCCAACCGCAGCACCUAGUUUGCCUGUUAUCCAAUUAUAAUGGCAGAUAGCCGGUCUGUUGCCAUGAUUACCGGUCUGCUGGCCUGGUGGUGUGUCAACAACAUAUCAUGAGUAGUCAGUGCCCCUCACACCUCUGUGGGUUGUUGGCAGAGGGCAUUAGUACUGUUUCCUCCUAUGCCAAUUUAGCCUGGGUGGCACACAGCUCAGUGAACACAUAUACAGUAAUAAUAAUAAUUGGUCAUUUAGCAGACGCUCUUAUCCAGAGCAAUUAGGGUUAAGUGCCUUGCUCAAGGGCACAUCGACAGAUUUUUCAUCUAGUCGGCUCGGGGAUUAGAACCAGCGACCUUUCGGUUACUGGCACAACGCUCUUAACCACUAAGCGACCUGCCGCCCCUAUAUACAGUGGGGGGAAAAAAAUAUUUAGUCAGCCACCAAUUGUGCAAGUUCUCCCACUUAAAAAGAUGAGAGGCCUGUAAAAUCAUAGGUACACGUCAACUAUGACAGACAAAUUGAGGAAAAAAAACCCAGAAAAUCACAUUGUAGGAUUUUUAAUGAAUUUAUUUGCAAAUUAUGGUGGAAAAUAAGUAUUUGGUCAAUAACAAAAGUUUCUCAAUACUUUGUUAUAUACCCUUUGUUGGCAAUGACACAGGUCAAACGUUUUCUGUAAGUCUUCACAAGGUUUUCACACACUGUUGCUGGUAUUUUGGCCCAUUCCUCCAUGCAGAUCUCCUCUAGAGCAGUGAUGUUUUGGGGCUGUCGCUGGGCAACACGGACUUUAAACUCCCUCCAAAGAUUUUCUAUGGGGUUGAGAUCUGGAGACUGGCUAGGCCACUCCAGGACCUUGAAAUGCUUCUUACGAAGCCACUCCUUUGUUGCCCGGGAGGUGUGUUUGGGAUCAUUGUCAUGCUGAAAGACCCAGCCACGUUUCAUCUUCAAUGCCCUUGCUGAUGGAAGGAGGUUUUCACUCAAAAUCUCACGAUACAUGGCCCCAUUCAUUCUUUCCUUUACACGGAUCAGUCGUCCUGGUCCCUUUGCAGAAUAACAGCCCCAAAGCAUGAUGUUUCCAACCCCAUGCUUCACAGUAGGUAUGGUGUUCUUUGGAUGCAACUCAGCAUUCUUUGUCCUCCAAACACGACGAGUUGAGUUUUUACCAAAAAGUUCUAUUUUGGUUUCAUCUGACCAUAUGACAUUCUCCCAAUCCUCUUCUGGAUCAUCCAAAUGCACUCUAGCAAACUUCAGACGGGCCUGGACAUGUACUGGCUUAAGCAGGGGGACACGUCUGGCACUGCAGGAUUUGAGUCCCUGGCGGCGUAGUGUGUUACUGAUGGUAGGCUUUGUUACUUUGGUCCCAGCUCUCUGCAGGUCAUUCACUAGGUCCCCCCGUGUGGUUCUGGGAUUUUUGCUCACCGUUCUUGUGAUAAUUUUGACCCCACGGGGUGAGAUCUUGCGUGGAGCCCCAGAUCGAGGGAGAUUAUCAGUGGUCUUGUAUGUCUUCCAUUUCCUAAUAAUUGCUCCCACAGUUGAUUUCUUCAAACCAAGCUGCUUACCUAUUGCAGAUUCAGUCUUCCCAGCCUGGUGCAGGUCUACAAUUUUGUUUCUGGUGUCCUUUGACAGCUCUUUGGUCUUGGCCAUAGUGGAGUUUGGAGUGUGACUGUUUGAGGUUGUGGACAGGUGUCUUUUAUACUGAUAACAAGUUCAAACAGGUGCCAUUAAUACAGGUAACGAGUGGAGGACAGACGGGCCUCUUAAAGAAGAAGUUACAGGUCUGUGAGAGCCAGAAAUCUUGCUUGUUUGUAAGUGACCAAAUACUUAUUUUCCACCAUAAUUUGCAAAUAAAUUCAUUAAAAAUCCUACAAUGUGAUUUUCUGGGUUUUUUUUCCUCAAUUUGUCUGUCAUAGUUGACGUGUACCUAUGAUUUUACAGGCCUCUCAUCUUUUUAAGUGGGAGAACUUGCACAAUUGGUGGCUGACUAAAUACUUUUUUCCCCACUGUAGAGGGCAACGGAACAUAUGGUCCUUAUCUUUCAUCAGCGAUAAAGAAUCUUUCAAAUAAAAAAGAUACGCUUACUGUCGCAGUUUUGCACAGAUCCAUACAGCUAUGGGUGCCUCCAUCCGACGAAGCUACACUUCCCGAGUUACGCUUACACACAGGCGUUUGUAGCAUGCUAGAUGGUUAAUUAGCACAGGUGGUCGCCUCUUGUCUUCCGUCUGUUUUCCGUAAACAAGCGCUGUAACAUGGAGAUAUGGCCGUGUGGGAACACAAACCCUAUCAAGGUGUGUAUCAAUUUAACCUUUUGUUCUUUGAAAAUUAUUUCUCACAGGUAUGAAAGAUAAGGUCCUUAUGCUUCCAAUACCAUACCGCAAGCGAUGUGUGUUAAUGUUCAGAUUGAGAGUCGGGGCUCUUAACAAAACUCCCCCGUGCAGAAGACAUCUUCGUCCAAUGACUCUUAUGUGUAAUGUAAUGGAACAGAGAGUCAUGAUCAAGGGCUAGAAAUCACUAUCUAGCUACAUGGAUAACACUCAUACAGCAAGCCUUCACAUGAAGAGCAUAGCUAGCUAGACAGAUAACAUUAACAGAUAGGCCUUACUUCCUCCCAACACUGAGUGACCCGAUAUGUCUUCUCACUGAUGAUAGUUUCAUGGCCAGUAUCAUCACAUGUAUCGAAGUUAUAAUGGACCCCUAUCCGGAAUUGCAUGAGGGAUAUCAAUAUCUGUGUUAGUGCAACAAACGUGGCAUUGUUGCUACAGUAAUGCUUGUAGUGAAUUCACAUUGAUUGAGCUUGCUCUUGUGUCCCGUCCAAAUGCACCAAAACCAAGCUAGUAGAUUGAUAUAUGCAAUGCAUUUUCACGCUUCAUAACCAAAUAAUCUAUAAGUAACAUCAUUGAGUUACACAAUCCAUUUUUAGAUACUUUAGGAUGAUUUGGACAUGAAGCGUGAAAAUGCCUAUAUAGGUACCAUUGACUUGCACUGGAUUUCUGACACAAAUGCUAAAAAGUUAGUGUUUGAAACAGUGAUCAGGUAAACAAAACCAAAGCAUGGAUUGCUGUCAUACCUGGUCCAUUGACUGCUGACAGGGUAAGAAAACCACAAUGUAAUUUGGGUGAACUAUCCCUUUAACAAUGGGGGGGAUUCUUUUAAAUUAAAAUUUCAACAAAAUAAUGUUAAUCUUACCUGUUUCUAACAACAAAUGAUUUCAGAACAAUCUGAGAUGGUGAGUGUUGAAAUCCUCUUGCUUUUGUUUUUGGAGGUGGAACGACCCAUCAGUUUGUUCUGGGUGGAAUAUUAUGGUGUUGGUAAUGUUGACAGUAGCGUAUAUGCGGGACAGUAGUUUGGUAAGCAGUAGUAUGUGCCUACCUGCCUGGCUAUCCCCCCCGGUUGCUGUCUUUGCAGUGUGUGUGUCAGAGAGAUAAGGAGCUGCAGCGGAUUGUUCACAGAUCUGUGUUUGUUUUUCUGUGUUUGUGUACACUUUCGUUUGCAGAUGUGUUUCAAGUUUUAUUAGUCGUAUGUACGGGAUAUGCAUGGUAUUACUUGCAGCAUUUCCUUGGACGAUGUAUGCCAUGCCUAUCGCGUACAUAUGACUAGAAAGAGAGCGAAAUGGAUAUGAGUGUGCUUGUGUUUGUUUGUAUGUGUAUGAGAGAGACUGAGAGAGGGCCUGAUUGCAACAUUUGAAUUUACACAUCUCACAUACUGUGUUGUUUCGAGAUGGACUUGGGUGGCUAUGUGAGUGGAUGAUGGAGAUGGAGAGAGAGUUAUCUUCUCUUUCCACCAUAGUGAUCCGAUUAAAUUACUAGAGGGGCUAUGUCAGGGAUCAUCAACUCGAUUCAGCCGCGGUUAGAUUUUAUUCUGGAGUGGAUGGUCAGGUUGCCGGAACAUAAUUACAAAGAAUUUGAAUACUGAAAAUUGAAUGCAAGAAGCUCAAACAGAUACAAUAUUUGACUAAAACAUAAUAAUUUGAAACCUCGCUUACAUUUACAUACGAUCACAUAUAUCUCACUAUUAUGCGUGGAAAUACUUUGGAACAGUGCUGGUGUUUUUAGUCUUUUAUGUCCAACAGAGAACUUUGGGAGCCAAAUAAAGUCACCAUGCCUGCCACCAGUUGGGGAACCAUGGACUAUGUCAUAAACCCUCAAACUUCCAGAAUGGGGUGAAAAUGGCAGCCAUUUUCUUUAGGGAGAAAUCUAAACCAGUCUAAUUGGAAUGAAUGGCAGGAGAGGCAUAAUCCAGAUAAAAAAAAUUUUUUUAGGGGGUAGAUCAGCUUUAAUAUUGCAGAUAGAUUGUAACUUCCAACAAUGUAAUUGUCUGCAUCACUUCCAAUCCCCCAUGUUUUUUUCUCUCGCAAAUAAAUAAAUAUAUAUAUAUAGCUGUGGAAAAAUUAAGAGACCACUGCAAAUUUUUCUUAAAUCAGCAUCUCUACAUGUGUGACAGCCAUUCCAUUUUAGUGUCUGUUGAAUUCCAACACAGGCACACCUCAUUCUACUGAAUUAGGUACUGAUUAGGUGAUCAUCUGAACCAAAUCUUAUUUAACGAGGAAAAGUAUAAGUAUCACUAUCAUCUUGCAAUAGGACCAGCUGGAUGGCAAAAACAGUGCUAAUAGUACCUCAAAAGUAAUAUUAAUGAAAAAAUAACUAUUGACCAUGCCAAAAGAGUUGAAAAGGAAAGUUGUGAGUGAGGAAAAGAAGGGUUCAAUUCUGGCUUUAAUGGCAGAGGGAUACAGUGAGCGUCAGAUUGCUUCCAUCCUUAACAUUUCAAAGACGCCGGUUCAUAAGAACAAGGUCAAGCAGCAGACAUUGGGGACAACAAAGCUACAGACCGGCAGAGGGCGAAAACGACUCUCUACUGACCGCCAACUAAUUCGAAUGUCACUCAACAACCGUAGGAGGACAUCAAGUGACCUACAAAAAGAAUGGCAAACGGCAGCUGGGGUGACAUGCACGGCGAGGACGGUUCGAAACAGGCUCCUAGGGGCAGGGCUGAAGUCGUGCAAAGCUAGAAAAAAGCCCUUCAUCAAUGAGAAGCAAAGAAGAGCCAGGCUGAGGUUUGCAAAAGACCAUAAGGAUUGGACCGUAGAGGACUGGAGUAAGGUCAUCUUCUCUGUUGAGUCCAAUUUUCAGCUUUGCCCAACACCUGGUCGUCUAAUGGUUAGACGGAGACCUGGAGAGGCCUACAAGCCACAGUGUCUCGCACCCACUGUGGAAUUUGGUGGAGGAUCGGUGAUGAUCUGGGGGUGCUUCAGCAAGGCUGGAAUCGGGCAGAUUUGUCUUUGUGAAGGACGCAUGAAUCAAGCCACGUACAAGGUUGUCCUGGAAGAAAACUUGCUUCCUUUUGCUCUGACAUUGUUCCCCAACUCUGAGGAUUGGUUUUUCCAGCAGGACAAUGCGCCAUGUCACACAGCCAGGUCAAUCAAGGUGUGGAUGGAGGACCACCAGAUCAAGACCCUGUCAUGGCCAGCCCAAUCUCCAGACCUGAACCCCAUUGAAAACUUCUGGAAUGUGAUCAAGAGGAAGAUGGAUGGUCACAAGCAAUCAAACAAAGCCGAGCUGCUUGAAUUUUUGCGCCAGGAGUGGCAUAAAGUCACCCAACAUCAAUGUGAAAGACUGGUGGAGAUCAUGCCAAGACGCAUGAAAGCUGUGAUUGAAAAUCAGUGUUAUUCCACCAAAUAUUGAUUUCUGAACUCUUCCUAAGUUAAAACAUUAGUAUUGUGUUGUUUAAAAAUAAACUUAUUUUCUUUGCAUUAUUUGAGGUCUGACAACACUUUUUUGUUAUUUUGACCAGUUUUGAACAUUUUCUGCAAAUAAAUGCUCUAAAUGACAAUAUUUGUAUUUGGAAUUUGGGAGAAAUGUUGUCAGUAGAUCAGAUCUUCAACCAAAACCUAAUAUUAGAUAAAGGGAACAUAAGUGAACAAAUAACACAACAAUUACAUAUUUAUUUCAUAAACAAAGUUACGCAACACCCAAUUCCCCUGUGUGAAAAAGUAAUUGCCCCCUUACACUCAAUAACUGGUUGUGCCACCUUUAGCUGCAAUGACUCCAACCAAAUGCUUCCUGUAGUUGUUGAUCAGUCUCUCACGUUGCUGUGGAGAAAUUUUGGCCCACUCUUCCAUGCAGAACUGCUUUAACUCAGUGACGUGUGGGUUUUCAAGCAUGAACUGCUAGUUUCAAGUCCUGCCACAACAUCUCAAUUGGGAUUAGGUCUGGACUUUGACUAGGUUAUUCCAAAACUUCAAAUUUGUUGCUUUUUAGCAAUUUUCAUGUAGACUUGUGUGUUUUGGAUCAUUGUCUUGCUGCAUGACCCAGCUGCGCUUCAGCUUCAGCUCACAGACGGAUGGUCUGACAUUCUCCUGUAGAAUUCUCUGAUACAGAGCAGAAUUCAUGGUUCCUUCUAUUAAGGCAAGUCGUCCAGGUCCUGAGGCAGCAAAGCAUCCCCAAACCAUCACACCACCACCACAAUGCUUGACCUUUGGUAUGAUGUUCUUACUGUGGAAUGCAGUGUUUGGUUUUCGCCAGGCAUAAUUGGAUCCAUCUCGUCCAAAAAGUAGACUCAAGUUUGCCAAAAAGCACCUGGAUGAUCAUCAAGACUCUUGGAAGAACGUUCCAUGGACAGAUGAUUCAAAAGUAUAACUUUUUGGACGACAUGGUUCCAGUAAUGCCUGACGAAAACCAAAAUCAGCGUAUAAUGACACCUUUGUUUUUAAGCCCUGGAUUUCUAAUCCCUUGAUAUUAUUGUUGGAUCUGAUUUUAAUAGCUAACAUCUCAAUGGCCGUAAUAAAUAAUAAAGCGGGAAAAUAAAAGUAAGGCAUGUGAUAUAUCAGAAAUUGUGUAAUAUAAUUAUUGUCAACAUAAAAUAUAGUUUAUAAUUAUAAAUACAGUUUAUAUGGGUUUUAUACCAAUUCUCUGUAUAAAUAGCCUCUAAAAUAUAUGUAAACAGACCAUAAAUGUCUCAGUUUUAGUUUUCUUGGAAAGCUGUGAGUGCUAUUGUAUGAUACAAUAUCAGUACUUGUUGCAUUUACAACUUGUCUAAGUUCUAUCAUCAACUGUUGUCAGCCAGUAUAUGGCUGGGGAUUGACUGCAUUGUUUGAAUGGAAUGUUGGCAUAUUGGCAGUUAGACACAUUUAUGGAAUCAUUCCUCUAAAACUGGCUGGUUAGCUAACAAACAUACAGUGCAGGUACACUAUAUAUACAAAAGUAUGUGGACACCCCUUCAGAUUAGUGGAUUCGGCUAUUUCAGCCACACCUGUUGCUGACAGUGUGUAUAUAAUAGAGCACACAGCCAUUCAAUCGCCAUAGACAAACAUUGACAGUAGAAUGGCCUUACUGAAGAGCUCAGUGACUUUCAACAUAGGAUGCCACCUUUCCAACAAGUCAGUUCGUCAAAUUUCUGCCCUGCGAGAACUGCCCCGGUCAACUGUAAGUGCUGUUAUUGUGAAGUGGAAACGUCUAGGAGCGACAACGGCUCAGCCGCGAAGUGGUAGGCCACACAAGCUCACAGAACAGGACCGCUGAAGCGCGUAGAAAUCGUCUGUCCUCGGUUGCAACACUCACUAUCGGGUUCCAAACUGCCUCUGGAAGCAACAUCAGCACAAUAACUAAUCGUCGUGAGCUUCAUGAAAUGGGUUUCCAUGGCCGAGCAGCCGCACACAAGCCUAAGAUCACCAUGCGCAAUGCGAAGCGUCGGCUGAAGUGGUGUAAAGCUCGCCACCAUUGGACUCUGGAGCAGUGGAAACGCGUUCUCUGGAGCGAUGAAUCACGCUUCACCAUCUGGCAGUCCGACGGAAGACUCUGGGUUUGGCGGAUGCCAGGAGAAUGCUACCUGCCCGAAUGCAUAGUGCCAACUGUAAGGUUUGGUGGAGGAGGAAUAAUGGUCUGGGACUGUUUUUCAUGGUUCGGGCUAGGCCCCUUAGUUCCAGUGAAGGGAAAUCUUAAUGCUAAAGCGUAUGAUGACAUUAUAUACGAUUCUGUGCUUACAACUUUGUGGCAACAGUUUGGGGAAGGCCCAUUCUUGUUUCAGCAUGACAAUGCCCCCGUGCACAAAGCGAAGUCCAUACAGAAAUGAUUUGUCGACAUCUGUGUGGAAGAACUUGACUGGCCUGUACAGAGCCCUGACCUCAACACCAUCGAACACCUUUGGGAUUAAUUGGAACGCCGACUGCGAGCCAGGCAUAAUCGCCCAACAUUAGUGCCCGACCUCACUAAUGCUCUUGUGGCUGAAUGGAAGCAAGUUCCCGCAGCAAUGUUACAACAUCUAGUAGAAAGCCUUCCCGGAAGAGUGGAGGCUGUUGUAGAGGCAAAUGGGGGGACCAACUCUAUAUUAAAGCCCAUGAGUUUGGAAUUAGAUGUUCGACGAGCAGGUGUCCACAUACGUUUGGUCAUGUAGUGUAAAUUCUUCAAAUUCAUUAUUUUAUCUUAUCACAGCACUGGCAAACAAUGGUUGGCAAACUCCCUGACCAAAAUGGCUGACCUUUAUAGUCCCAGUCAGUAUUAGAUAGAAUGUCGCAGCCCUGCCCAACUGUGGGGAAAUAAUAACGGCACAGCAGUUUUUCAGGCAUGUUCUGUUAUUUCUGUAUAACAAAUAAUCAACGACGAAGUUGGCUCUUUUACAAUGGGGGUCAAUAGGAAAUAAUGUUUUCCCAAAUGUGUGGUCGAUGGGAAUUCCUUAUUACGUGAAUAUGGACUCGGGAGUAUACCAUCAUAAGAACAUUCAUGUCCAUUCUAGUAUUCUAAUUCCUAAUUCUAUGCCUUCCACACGGUAAGGCAUUGCCAGUCUUAGGCUUAGUCUAGAUCUGUAACUCAGAUCCCUGGACUGUUGUAACUCUCUUACAUAGCCUAGCCCUAGCAUCUAACCAACUGGAGGAAGACAAGACAGACAGGAAAGAGAUGGUGAGAGCGUUUGGGUGGGGAGGUAAGAGCAAAAUAUUGGCAUGGUGAGAAGAAGCUAUAGUGGUUUUAAAAACGCUCUUUUUGACACAUUGAAUUGUAUGUUUUAAUGUUUCAAAUGACAGAUUUGAGUGUGCAGUUCCACUCUGUGUGCAUUCAAUGAAUGAAAUUGAUACACACCUCGUGAUCAUUCACACUUUCCAAGGGCACGCAAUGACAGAAUGGUUUUGUGGUGCCGGUGUUGACUUUGGCCUACACAUCAUGUAAUACUGUCAUACAAAAAAUCACAAGAUCUGGCAUUCCGGCAUCCAUCCCAGCAAGUACAUUAUCAUAAAUCUGAAAACCUAGCUAACAGACAUGACACAGCCCUGUAAAACCCCUCUAGAUAUGAAUCCUCUGGCUUAGUUUACAGUAUAUUAUUGACUCCUGGUUUAACCCAGCUGACCUGACUUCUCCUGUAGGCCUAAGAUUUUACUGUGAUGCCUUUACUGACUUGAUUUGAUUUGAUUGACUCAGUUUGAUUCUCUGUUUGUUGUUCACAUAAUGUGCCAUUAUUAGGAGUUGACUGUUAAUAGAUAAAGUGUAAAUAAAUGUUAAAAAGGACUCAAUAAAGAUAGACCUAAUAGACUGGUUGUCUGACAACAUGACAAAAAUGAAGCGUGCGCAUGGAUGUGGCCGGAAGACUGAACGGUCAGAUAGCUAGCAACAAUGACAAGAAGCUGCCAUGUGGGGAAUCGUAGGUGGCUCUUUUCAGCUCGUUGUAUCUUGUUAUUGAUACCAUGUCUUGUUUUGACUGAUGUCAUGUCUAUGCUAAAAUUCGCUAGCUAUCCAAGAACUGUAACGAUGUAUUUGAGACAAGUGCUCAUUGUGCAAAGGUAUUUAUGUUUUCAAGAAACAUUUGGAGACAUAUACACUGCUCAAAAAAAUAAAGGGAACACUUAAACAACACAAUGUAACUCCAAGUCAAUCACACUUCUGUGAAAUCAAACUGUCCACUUAGGAAGCAACACUGAUUGACAAUACAUUUCACAUGCUGUUGUGCAAAUGGAAUAGACAACAGGUGGAAAUGAUAGGCAAUUAGUAAGACACCCCCAAUAAAGAAGUGGUUCUGCAGGUGGUGACCACAGACCACUUCUCAGUUCCUAUGCUUCCUGGCUGAUGUUCUGGUCACUUUUGAAUGCUGGCGGUGCUUUCACUCUAGUGGUAGCAUGAGACGGAGUCUACAACCCACACAAGUGGCUCAGGUAGUACAGCUCAUCCAGGAUGGCACAUCAAUGCGAGCUGUGGCAAGAAGGUUUGCUGUGUCUGUCAGCGUAGUGUCCAGAGCAUGGAGGCGCUACCAGGAGACAGGCCAGUACAUCAGGAGACGUGGAGGAGGCCGUAGGAGGGCAACAACCCAGCAGCAGGACCGCUACCUCCGCCUUUGUGCAAGGAGGAGCAGGAGGAGCACUGCCAGAGCCCUGCAAAAUGACCUCCAGCAGGCCACAAAUGUGCAUGUGUCUGCUCAAACGGUCAGAAACAGACUCCAUGAGGGUGGUAUGAGGGCCCGACGUCCACAGGUGGGGGUUGUGCUUACAGCCCAACACCGUGCAGGACGUUUGGCAUUUGCCAGAGAACACCAAGAUUGGCAAAUUCGCCACUGGCGCCCUGUGCUCUUCACAGAUGAAAGCAGGUUCACACUGAGCACAUGUGACAGACGUGACAGAGUCUGGAGACGCCGUGGAGAACGUUCUGCUGCCUGCAACAUCCUCCAGCAUGACCGGUUUGGCAGUGGGUCAGUCAUGGUGUGGGGUGGCAUUUCUUUGGGGGGCCGCACAGCCCUCCAUGUGCUCGCCAGAGGUAGCCUGACUGCCAUUAGGUACCGAAAUGAGAUCCUCAGACCCCUUGUGAGACCAUAUGCUGGUGCGGUUGGCCCUGGUUUCCUCCUAAUGCAAGACAAUGCUAGACCUCAUGUGGCUGGAGUGUGUCAGCAGUUCCUGCAAGAGGAAGGCAUUGAUGCUAUGGACUGGCCCGCCCGUUCCCCAGACCUGAAUCCAAUUGAGCACAUCUGGGACAUCAUGUCUCGCUCCAUCCACCAACGCCACGUUGCACCACAGACUGUCCAGGAGUUGGCGGAUGCUUUAGUCCAGGUCUGGGAGGAGAUCCCUCAGGAGACCAUCCGCCACCUCAUCAGGAGCAUGCCCAGGCGUUGUAGGGAGGUCAUACAGGCACGUGGAGGCCACACACACUACUGAGCCUCAUUUUGACUUGUUUUAAGGACAUUACAUCAAAGUUGGAUCAGCCUGUAGUGUGGUUUUCCACUUUAAUUUUGAGGGUGACUCCAAAUCCAGACCUCCAUGGGUUGAUAAAUUUGAUUUCCAUUGAUCAUUUUUGUGUGAUUUUGUUGUCAGCACAUUCAACUAUGUAAAGAAAAAAGUAUUUAAUAAGAUUAUUUCAUUCAUUCAGGUCUAGGAUGUGUUAUUUUAGUGUUCCCUUUAUUUUUUUGAGCAGUGUAGUUUACAUAUUGUCAACAGUCUAAGCCCACCCUGUCUGUCUUGCCUCAUAGUUGUGCACCCAACGCUUUUGUUGCUAAACAACCGACCCAUCUAACAGAGGAAAAAGUAAAUAAACUCAUUUGGAAUGACGUGUAGGCUUACUAAUCUAUACAAUCUAUUGAACAUAACUGACUAAAUGUCAAAAUUGACCAAUAAAUUAAUAGAUGAAUAAAUAAAUGUAGAUAAACACACCCUUCUCUUCCUGCUACAGGUGAACUCUUGGAGCGGCUCCAUAGAGAUCGGGGUGACGUCUCUGGACCCGGCUGGUCUCGACUUCCCCAGCAGCGCUACGGGUCUGAAGGGAGGCUCCUGGAUCGUGUCUGGCUGCUCGGUGCUACGUGACGGCCGCUCCGUCCUCGAGGAGUACGGCCGCGACCUGGACCAGCUGUCUGAGGGCGACCGUGUGGGCAUACAGGUAGGUAGCCUAUUGGCUUAGCAAGGCGGACUAGUGGCCGGAAGGUCGCCGGUUCAAGCCCCAGGCAAGGUACUGAAUUGGUAACAGAAGGUGUACUGGUCUCUGAUCCUUGCCGUUGUGCCCUUGAGCAAGGCACUCAAUCUCUACAAUUGCUCUCCAUCCAGCGGCGCUGCUUCAUGGCUGACCCUGUGCCUCUCAAUUCUCUGUGUAUUUGGGGAGGUUUAGAUAGGCUAGCCAGAAGUCAAAUGUCUGUUUCUCAAAAAAUGGACAAUGAGUUAUCACUUUUCUUGUUUCUGUUCUACUGUACAGCGGAGCGCCCACGGCGAGCUCCACCUGUGGGUGAACGGGCAGGACUGUGGCGCAGCUGCCAGUGGUCUCCCGACGGGCCUCUGGGCGGUGGUGGACCUCUACGGCAAGUGUACGCAAGUGACUGUGGUGAGCUGCGAGCCGCCGUCCUUGGCGGAGAGAGACACUGAGAGGGAGACGGUGGAGGAGGUGGAAGAGGAGGUGGAAGAGGAGGUGGUGGUGUGCGGGGUCAGGGAGGGGGACGUCGGGGGUCUGACGUCAGUGGUGAUCCUGGCAGCGGCGACAAACGGGACGAUAGAGGAAGGUAGGAGGUUGUUGAUGUUUUUGUUGACAAUGUUUAUCUAUUGAAAUGGAGGGUUUGUUGUGUCAUCGUGUGAAAGGGUGUAGUAAUGAGGGAAAGAGGGUUUGUCUUCUCCUUCCUGCUUUGUCUCAGUGCCUGAGCUCCCUCCUACUCAUAACCGACCUGACAAGCUCCCCAACAACCUAGAGCCUGAGACUGGUAAGAAAAUCAAAACCCUAAAACCUCUACCCCAAUCUCUGUUACAUUUGGUCAAUUGUGCAACUGACUCGCCAUCUUUGUCUCUCUUUCUCUCUUUCUUUCUCUCACAUAAUCUCUCUUCCUCUCCACUCUCUCACACACACACUUUAUUUUUCUCUCGCCUGCCCCUGUAGUUCUGACAGAGCACCAGCUCUUUGACGUGUUAAACAAUGCCAUCGUAUCCCUUUACCGCUCAGAGGACAACGGGGGAGGAGGGGGAGACCUGGGGGGGGGUGGAACAGGGACAGACUCAGGAACAGGAAGUAGAGGGGACAGGGGGAGCAUCAGCGGAGGGGGAUCCGUUAACAGUAGUGACAGCGGGGGCGGGACCGGCAAUACUGGAAGCGUCAAUAACAGCCCUGCAGGCGGCGGAGGGGCGAGACCCGGGGCACUGACGGGCGGGAUGCUAACCAAUGAUGCGCUGCUGUUCCACGAGAAGUGCGGCACACUGAUCAAGCUGAGCAACAACAACAAGACGGCCGAGAGGCGGCGACCGCUGGACGAGUUCAACAACGGCGUGGUCAUGACCAACCGGCCACUUCGACACAACGAGAUGUUUGAGGUGCGGCCAAUCACUUGCUCCGAUACUGAGAUAUGUGAAUGCUUGGAAGGAGUUGAAACGAGGGGCUUAGAUCAAGGUGUUUUACAACAAUAAUAACAUUUGUCUGGUCAUUCUUAAUUUGAAUGCUCAUAAGGAAUAGCCUACAUAGCACUGUCAUAGUAAUGACAUAACAGCUGUCAUUGCUGACACCAGCUGUCAUAACUGGUUACGUUAAUUUGGUUAGCAUCCCGCCCCGUCAUAACAUGUUAUGACGCUGGGUGUCAAGUGAAGUGUUACCGAAUAUUCAUAUGUUACAGCCACAGGGUGUGAAUGAAUAGAUUAGUGCAUUUCCAUUGGGGUCUGAUGGACUGUAGCUUGAGAUGAAUAAUGUAAAAUGUAAAAAUAUUAAAUGUUCCUAUAAUCUAAAAGAGAGUGAGAGAAUUCACUAGAGACCAAAGCAGGGAAGGGACUGCCUGAAUUUCUCCAAUAAGAAACGCUUGUUUCCGUUUUCCGUUGCAAUACUUUUUGCGCCCCUGGUUUCUGAAUGCGCCCCUGGUUUCUGUUGUGCCACAGAUCCGCAUAGAUAAGCUGGUGGACAAGUGGUCGGGGUCGAUCGAGAUUGGCGUGACGACACACAACCCCAACAACUUGGACUACCCAGCCACAAUGACAAAUCUGCGCUCAGGUACGUAACAUACACACACGUAACACACAUACAUACACACGCUAGCGAGGUGUUGCUCAAACCCAAUAUACAACUUGAUCUAUUCAUUCCACAACAAACUGCACACAUGUUCAAUCCCUCCAGGAUUCUGCGAUCAAUUUUGUUGUUGUUGCAAAAGCAACAAUUCCCCGCAUAUUAUGCGAGGGCUUGCAACCAAUCACCGCACUAUUUUUACAAUAAAACAGUAAAAUCAUGGCAAUAUUAUCGCAUAAAACUGACCCGUCACUGCAGUACAAAAAGAGGGCUUGCAUUUUCAACCAAUCACCACACAUUUACCACAUAAUAUGGUUAAAUCAAGCUACACGUCAACAAACCUUUUCCUUCGUCAGCGUGUUUUCGCGAGAAACUUGACAGUCAUUGCAUAUUGCCAUGCAAAAUGUCAUUAUCUUUUGCCCGCAAAUAUCACCAAAAAUUCCCAGCGAAAUCCAGGAGGGGCUGUUCAUUCUUGUUCUUUGCAAAGUAUAAGGCUACAUUGAUAGAAGUUACAAUCUAUCUGCAAUAUUAAGCUGAUCUACCCCCAGAAAAAAAUAAAAUACAAAUACAAAUAAAAAAAAGUAUAAGGCUACAUCUUGCUGUGUGUUUCUUUCUUGCCUUCCAGGUACAAUCAUGAUGAGUGGCUGUGGGAUCCUGACUAACGGCAAGGGAACCCGUCGGGAGUACUGUGAAUUCAGCCUGGAUGAACUGCAGGUCAGUGUCUCACGCACAGACACAUAUAGACACACACAUCCCUAACAUCUUAACCAUGACACUCUGUGACUUCCAUUCCAGGAGGGGGAUCACAUAGGCUUGAUGCACAAGGCCAGCGGAGCUCUUCACUUCUACAUCAAUGGCAUCGACCAAGGUGAGAGUGACACGCCAGGAGCAUCCGUCAAUGUAACGGGGGAUUGAAUGGCUGUAGCAUGGUGUUAGAGGGAUAGGAGCUUUGAGCUCAUAUGUUGAUAGAGUAGCUAUUAACCUUGCAGUGUGAAGGACAGGCAAACCAUAAUGCUGCAAUUUAUAUGGUAAUACUGAAAAUGCAGCAAAAAUGCAUGAAGUAUAUUAUUUAUUAAGAGGCACAUCGUUGAAAUGCUUGCUAUGUUUUACAUACUUGUUGUCAUUUGAAUGAUUGUUUACAUAAUUGUCAUGCAGAGGAGUUUUGCCCCAUACAAUGUAUAAAUAUCAUUGUCAGUUCGAGAAACACGUACAAUUGCAAAUCAUUACCACAUUUCAUCCAAGUCGUUCAUAACCUCAAUUUGACCUCUGACCCUGCCCCCUAGGCGUGGCAGCGGCCCAGACACCCACUGUGGUCUACGGCGUGGUCGACCUCUACGGCAUGGCGGUCAAGGUGACCAUCGUCCACAAUCACAACCACAGCGACCGUCUCCGCCGCAACAACGCCAUCAUGCGGGCGCUGUCGCCAGAUGUUGGCCGCCCCCGGCCCGCCCUCUCCCUCACGCCGGACCCCGACGCCCCUGACCGCCUCCUCUUCCACUCCAACUGUGGCCAAAAGGCAGCCAUCAUCAGCGAGGGCAGGACGGCGCUUCGCCCUCAGUACGUAUUGUAACCAUGGCCUUGUUUCGAACAAUAUCAUAUCUUUACCAACUGUUUGUAAGAUUUAAUUGGUCAUAGUAUAUUUAAGCAGUAAGGCCUGAGGGGGUGUGGUACAGUGCCUUGCAAAAGUAUUCAUCCCCCUUGGCGUUUUUCCUAUUUUGUUGCAUUAAAACCUGUAAUUUAAAUUGAUUUUUAUUUGGAUUUCAUGUAUUGGACAUACACAAAAUAGUCCAAAUUGGUGAAGUGAAAUGAAAAAAAUAACUUGUCUCAAAGAAUUCAAAAGAAUAUAUAAUGGAAAAGUGGUGCGUGCAUAUGUAUUCACCCCCUUUGCUAUGAAGCCCCUACAUAAGAUCUGGUGCAACCAAUUACCUUCAGAAGUCACAUAAUUAGUUAAAUAAAGUCCACCUGUGUGCAAUCUAAGUGUCACAUGAUCUGUCACAUGAGCUCAGUGUAUAUAUACACCUGUUCUGAAAGGCCCCAGAGUCUGCAACACCACUAAGCAAGGGGCACCACCAAGCAAGCGGCACCAUGAAGAUCAAGGAGCUCUCCAAACAGGUCAGGGACAAAGUUGUGGAGAAGUACAGAUCAGGGUUGGGUUAUACAAAAAUAUCCGAAACUUUGAACAUCCCACAGAGCACCAUUUAAAUCCAUUAUUAAAAAAUUGAAAUAAUAUGGCACCAUCACAAACCUGCCAAGAGAGGGCCGCCCACCAAAACUCACGGACCAGGCAAGGAGGGCAUUAAUCAGAGAGGCAACAAAGAGACCAAAGAGAACCCUGAAGGAGCUGCAAAGCUCCACAGCGGAGAUUGGAGUAUCUGUCCAUAGGACCACUUUAAGCCGUACACUCCACAGAGCUGGGCUUUACGGAAGAGUGGCCAGAAAAAAGGCAUUGCUUAAAGAAAAAAAUAAGCAAGCACGUUUGGUGUUAGCCAAAACGCAUGUGGGUGACUCCCCAAACAUAUGGAAGAAGGUACUCCGGUCAGAUGAGACUAAAAUUGAGCUUUUUGGCCAUCAAGGAAAAUGCUAUGUCUGGCACAAACCCAACACCUCUCAUCACCCCGAGAACACCAUCCCCACAGUGAAGCAUGGUGGUGGCAGUAUCAUGCUGUGGGGAUGUUUUUCAUCGGCAGGGAGUGGGAAACUGGUCAGAAAUGAAGGAAUGAUGGAUUGCGCUAAAUACAGGGAAAUUCUUGAGGGAAACCUGUUUCAGUCUUCCAGAGAUUUGAGACUGGGACAGAGGUUCACCUUCCAGCAGGACAAUGACCCUAAGCAUACUGCUAAAGUAAGACUUGAGUGGUUUAAGGGGAAACAUUAAAAUUCCAGGUUGUAAGGCAAAAAAAUAGGAAAAAUGGCAAGUGGGGUGAAUACUUUCGCAAGCCACUGUAUAUUACAUAAAUAGAUACAUUUGAUUUAAUUGAUUGGUUGUUUGUGUGUAUUUUUCCUCGGGCAGUGCUUCGGACGACUUCAAUCACGGCGUGGUCCUGAGUGGCCGCCCGCUGCGCUCCAACGAGGUGUUCCAGGUGCGCAUCGACAAGAUGGUGGACAAGUGGGCGGGCUCCAUCGAGAUCGGCGUGACCACGCACAACCCCGCCUACCUGCAGCUGCCCUCCACCAUGACCAACCUGCGCUCAGGUAAUACCAACCAAUCAGGUAAUACCAACCUCUUACCCCUACACCCUAGCAGGGUUACUUGUAGAUCUGAAAACAAUACACUAGUAGGCCCAACUAGCCUUCUUUUUAGGCUAGGGGCUUGAUUCAUCUACUUUUCCAUACUCAAACAAUGUUUGGAAAGGGCUGUUGAUUGACUGAUUUGAUGAUUUUGUUGUAGUUUGACUGAUGUUCUGGAUUUGUUGUAGGUUGACUGAUUUGAUGAUUUUGUUGUAGGUUGACUGAUGUUAUGGUUUUGUGUCCCAGGGACUUGGAUGAUGACCGGGAACGGGGUGAUGCACAACGGAACCACCAUACUGGACGAGUACGGACACAACCUGGACCGACUCAAAGUGAGUGGGAGACAUACUUUACAGUCAUCCUUAGAUUAAUAAACUCUAUCCCCCUCUCUCUAUUUCUCAUCCUCUCUCUCUCUCUGUCCUGUUCCUGCUCUCACUCUUUUUCUUCUUCUCACUCACUAUCAACACUUACAUUCUAUCGUACUUCUCACCCAUAUCACCUGUUGUUGUGUGCUUUGAGGUUGUCAAUUUAACACUGAUCUCUUUCUCUCUGACCCCUGUCUUCUCUCUCUCUCUCCAGGCGGGGGACACAGUGGGUGUGGUGCGUAAGGAGGAUGGGAGCCUCCACUUCUUUGUGAACGGGGUGGCGCAGGGCCCGGCGGCGUGGAACAUCCCACUCAGUGUCUACGCCGUGGUGGACCUCUACGGCCAGGCCGCGCAGGCCACCAUCAUGGACGACAUGGGUGAGCAUGGAGGAGGGUUGACAAAGAUAAAGGUUCCCAAGACAAUUCCAAAGGCUUCUAGUGCGUCACAGAUCAAAAAGGUUUUGGAACCACGUGUAUACUGAAGACAUGGAAAUGUAUCUGUAGAUAGUAUGUGAAUAUCCUCAUCCAACUAGCUUUGCCUCAACAACCAUCCACAACCAUUUCUACGCUCUCUAGCAGACCUCCCCCCUCUCCCUGAGGACAGCUCGGAGGGCCCCGUCGUCAUGUCGCCCAGCAGCCCAUGCUCGGUCGCCGGGGGCAACAGUGCCAACGACCUGCGCUUCCACCAGCUGCACGGCACUAACGCGGUAAUCACCAACGGGGGGCGCACCGCCCUCAGACAGAACUGUCGCUCCGAGUUCAACGACGCCAUCGUCAUCUCCAACAGGUCAGUGACACACACACACACACACACACACACCUGCGUCAUCUCCAACAGGUCAGAAGGUCAGAAGGCCAACAGGUCAGAAGGUCCUGACUGUGUGUUGUCCGUUUUCAGGUGCCUUCGAGAUGGAGAGCUCUUUGAGAUAGUCAUUCAGAAGAUGGUGGACCGUUGGUCGGGGUCAAUAGAAGCAGGUAAGAUAAUGGCAGGUAAGGCGUUUCUAUUUAACCCUCUCGACCUUCUCACACAGCCCUAUCCACACACACAGCAGUGGGGUGAUAUAUGUUUGUCCGUGUGUGUGUUCUAUCCAGGUGUGACCGCCAUCAGGCCAGAAGAGCUGGAGUUUCCUAACACCAUGACAGAUAUAGACUACGAUACCUGGAUGCUUAGGUGUGUGUUGGGUGGGGAGAUGUGAGUGUUUUGUGUCUGUCUCAGUGCUUGAACAUUCUAAAUGAAUGAUUUUCAACCCUCUUGUUUUGAAACAUAGAUUAGAUUAAAUCUACUGUUAUCGACUCCUACUGUUGUAUCUAUCUACUACAGUGGAUCUCACUAAGAAGCAUCUAAGGGAAUACCUUCCUCUGUCUUGUGCAUGAAAUAAACCCAAGUUUAAUUUGAACUCCCUCUCUCACCCCCCCCACCAGUGGCACGGCCAUCAUGCAGGACGGCAACACCAUGCGUAACAACUACGGCUGUGACCUGGACACUCUGACCACGGGCAGUAGGAUCGGCAUGAUGCGCUCGGCCACCGGCGACCUUCACUACUACAUCAACGGGGAUAGACCAGGGCGUGGCCUGCACCGGGCUGCCGCCAGGUAAAGGUGAAUGGAACCAGUUAUCAUAAAACCCCAUUUUACGACCCCAUACAUGGGCUAGGGGUUGGGGACAAAAGGCUCAUGAAUUGAUUGGAUUGAAAUGGAACUGAUGGUGUGUACUAUGCACUUUGAUGCUAAGUGUCUCUGAAUAAAUCCACUUAGCAGCUCUCUUGUGCUAAAUCAAGGCUAGUCUCAUUGAUCUCUUUGUCAAGCGUCUCCACUUUCCAAAUAUAUGGUGAACUUGGUAAACCCCUCUUUCCUCUCUCUCUUGUCUCCCUCCCUCCUUCCCUCCAUUAGAGGUGUACGCAGGUGAUAGACCUGUAUGGUCAGUGUGUUCAGGUGUCCAUCACCAGUUCCUCUGGCCCUCAGGAUAACAGUCUGUGUACCAGCAACAUCACAGAAAAAAGCUUCCCCAUACACUCCCCAGGUACUGACCAUGGAUGUGUGUGUGUGUGUGUGUGUUAUUUUCUCUCAGGCUAUGGAUCUAAAUAAGUUGUUGAACGACAGUCUGGCUCACAUCUCUCCUUCUUCCCUGUGUGUGUAGUGGCAGGCGUGGCCCACCGGCUCCACAGUAAGCAUGGUAAAAACGUGGUUCUGCUGGGAGAGGGCUGCCAGGCCGUCAGGUUGGGAGGAUAUGCACACGGCAUCGUCUUCAGCGCCAAGGAACUCAAAACAGAAGAACUGUUUGAGGUGCGUAGUGUUCUGUUAUCUAUCAGACUGCUGUAUUUCCAUAACACUUGAUUAAUCUGCUGUCUCAUACACACACCCACUUCAUAACAUUAAUUAUUGAUGUUGUAUUAUUGUCCCUCCACCCAAACCCCAGGUGAAGAUAGACGAGGUGGAUGACCAGUGGUCUGGUUCCCUCCACAUGGGUCUGACCACCCUAGCCCCUCCAGAGCUGCCCUCCUGCCCCAUUUCAGGCCUGUCCCCCUCCCUCACACAGCUCCGGGCCAAGGUCACAUGGCUGCUAGCGGGGUCAGAGGUCAGACGCAACGGGCUCCUGCAGAGACAGAACUACGGCGCCUCCCUGGACAGACUGACGGUGAGAGACAGGACGUUGGAUUCCAGAGCUCUGUUGAAUCAAUAAUUUGUACUUAUUUUGUCAGUUGUUGCAGAAACAGAGAGAAACAUGGGGGGGAGGGAGGGAACAACAGGUUGGGAUUGGAGGAAGAAAGAAAAAGACAAAGAUGGACACUAUAAACAUUAGUGCAUAUGGAAUGGAUAGAAGGAUUGUGAUGAAUAGAUUAAUAGCUAAGUAGGGACUACAUUUGGUGCCUGAGUUGGAUUCUGUGUGUGUCUAGGUGGGGAACCGCGUUGGGGUGAAGAGAUGCAGUGAUGACACCAUGCACGUCCUUAUCGACGGAGAGGACAUGGGACCAGCUGCCACCGCUGUGGCCAAGGUACACACACACACUUCAUGAACGUACAAACUGUUCUCUCAUACACACACGUCAUACUUGUUCAAUUCACACAUGAUUGUUUUCCUAGACUUGUGGGGACCAAACAAUUGAUUCCCAUUCAAAAUCCUAUUUACCUUAACCACUAACCCUAACUCCUUACCCUAAUUAUAACCCUAACAUGCUGACCAGACCGCACAGGUGUUGAUUUUUUCCUCCCACACCAGACACGAUCAGGACACGCAGGUUGAAAUAUCAAAAGUAACUCUGAUUCAACUACAGUGCCCUCCACUAUUAUUGGCACCCCUGUUUAAGAUGUGGUCGAGGACUUCCAAAAAUUCUCCUUUUUUUUUUAAACAACAUAGAACCCAAAUGCAAAAAAAGAGAAAAAUCCAAACUUUUAUUUAAGUACAUUACUUUGGUGGUAAAAAAAAAAAUCACACAUUUAAAAAAAAAAACUUGAAAUCAUGUGUCCCACAAUUAUUGGCACCCCUAACAAUUCCGCUGAAAUUUUUAAUUGAUUUUUUUUUAAAUAGAUUUUUCUGUAGUUGCUAAAGUUGGUCAGGGUAUCUUGGAACUUUUAAUUAGUAAUUCAUGACUUCCUGUUUCCCUGGGGUAUAAAUAUGACGUGACACAGAGGCCUAAUUCUCUUACCCAUUUGUCAACAUGGCAAAGACAAGAGAACACACCAUUCAAGUAAGGCAGAUUUGUGUCGACCUUCAUAAGUCAGGCAAUGGCUACAAGAAAAUAGCCACUCGCCUUAACUUGCCCGUAUCUACAGUCAGAGGAAUCAUUAAGAAGUUUAAAACAACUGGAACAGUGACAAACAAGGCUGGAAGAGGUCCCAAGUUUAUCUUGCCACAACGCACAGUGAGGAGGAUGGUAAGAGAAGUAAAAAAAAGUCCUAAGCUCACUGUCACAGUAUUGCAUCAAAGAGUGGCAUCUUGGGGUCACAAAGUCUCCAAAACAACCAUCAGACGCUCUCUACAUGCCAACAAGCUGUUUGGGAGGCAUGCAAGGAAAAAGCCUUUUCUCACUAACACUCACAAACGUAAACGUCUGGAGUUUGCUAAGCGGCACUGGGACUUCAACUGGGAUCGUGUGCUUUGGUCAGAUGAGACUAAGAUUGAGCUUUUUGGCAACAAACACUCUAAGUGGGUCUGGCGUAAAACAAAAGAUGAUUAUGCCGAAAAGCACCUCAUGCCCACCGUGAAGUAUGGUGGAGGAUCUGUGAUGCUGUGGGCCUGUUUCUCUUCCAAAGGCCCUGGGAACCUUGUUAGGGUGCAUGGCAUUAUGAACGCUUUGAACUACCAGGACAUUUUAAAUAAAAACCUGAUGGCCUCUGCCAGAAAGCUGAAGAUGGGUCGUCAUUGGUUCUUUCAGCAGGAUAAUGAUCCAAAACAUGUGGCAAAAUCUACACAAAAAUGGUUCAGCAGUCACAAACUCAAGGUCCUCCCAUGGCCAUCUCAGUCCCCAGACCUCAACCCAAUCGAAAACCUGUGGGGCGAGCUAAAGAGGAGAGUGCAUAAGAGAGGACCCAGGACACUGGAUGAUCUAGAAAGAUUGUGCAAAGAAGAAUGGUCAAAGAUCCCUCUCUCUGUGUUCUCCAAUCUUGUGAAAUGUUAUAGGAGGAGAUUAAGUGCUGUCUUGUUGGCAAAAGGGGGUUGUACAAAGUAUUAACACCAGGGGUGCCAAUAAUUGUGGGACACAUGAUUUCAAGUUUUUUUUUCUUCUAAAUGUGUGAUUUUUUUUUUGUACACCAAAGUAAUGUACUUAAAUAAAAGGUUGGAUUUUUCUCUUUUUUUGCAUUUGGGUUCUAUGUUGUUUAAAAAAAAAAGGAGAAUUUUUGGAAGUCCUCGACCACAUCUUAAACAGGGGUGCCAAUAAUUGUGGAGGGCACUGUAUAUUAACUUGGGGACAGGUCGAAAAGUAUUAAACAUUUAUGGCAAUUUAGCUAGCUAGCUUGCUGUUGCUAGCUAAUUUGUCCUGGGUAAUAAACAUUGGGUUGUUAUUUUACCUGAAAUGCACAAGGUCCUCUACUCCAACAAUUAAUCCACAGAUAAAACAGUAAACCAAGUUCAGGCUUCCUUCAGGCUUCUUCUUCUUCUUUGGACUUUAUAUGUCGUUUGGCUACCAACUUUAAGAUGCAUUACCACCACCAACUGGACUGGAGUGUGGACCUCAGUUAAUCUUUCAAUCACCCACGUGGGUAUUUGGUCCUAAAAACCAAUGAGGAGAUGGGAAAAGCAGGACUUGCAGUGCGUCGAGCGUCACAAAUAGAACCAAGCUCUAUUUUAGCGCCUGGCUACACAGACGCGCGCGAGCAGUGUGAGUGCAAUGAUUGAAUAACAUCUGUGUACAUUUAUUUUGCAACGCUCGCGCAUGCGUCCGGUCUGGUCAGCAUGCAAUUGUAAACCUAAGCCUAAAAUAGCCUAUUUCCUAGUAGGGACCGGUGAACUGUUCGAAUGUUCCUUGUUUUACUAACACACAACACCCCACCCCACUAACCCCCACCUCUCUCCCCUACCUAUAGAACGUGUAUGCAGUGUUGGACCUGUAUGGUCGUGUGACAGCGGUGUCCAUCGUCAGUUCAUCAGUGCUGGAGGACGCAGGGCGCAUCAAGGCCCCCUCCCUCUCCUCAGACAGCUGCAGCGAAGGAGAGGAGGACCGCACACCGGUGAGACACGGGUGUGGGGAUAGAGGGAUAGAGGGAGAAGGAGAUAGGAGAAAGGGGACCGAUGGAUGAUAUGCUUUCAUCUGGAUCUUCAGUGACUAUAGCUUCACAACUAUAAUGUUAGACUUUGUGUCUUGUAAAGUAAGAAAAUGUGUGGAAUUUUUAUUUCUCUGCUUUUGUCAUGCAAGCAUCUCAAAGUACAGAAGGAAACCGGCAAUUACUCCAUAGGUGGUUAAAUACACUGAGUGUACAAAACAUUAGGAACACCUUCCUAAUAUUGAGUUGCACCCCCUGCCCCCUUUUCCCUCAGAACAGCCUCAAUUUGUCAGGGCAUGGACUCUAUAAGGUGUCGAAAGCGUUCCACAGGGAUGCUGGCUCAUGUUGACUCCAAUGCUUCUCACAGUUGUAUCAAAUUGGGUGGUGGACCAUUCUUGAUACACACGGGAAACUGUUGAGCGUGAAAAACCAAGCAGCGUUACAGUUCUUAACACAAACCAGUGCGCCUGGCACCUACUACCAUACCCCGUUCAAAGGCACUUGCAUCUUUUGUCUUGCCCAUUCACCCUCAGAAUGGCACACAUACACAAUCCAUGUCUCAAUUGUUUCAAGGCUUAAAAAUAUAUUUUUUUACCUGUCUCCUCCCCUUCAUCUACGCUGAUUUUAAGUGGAUUUAACAAGUGACAUCAAUAACGGAUCAUAGCUUUCACCUGGAUUCACCUGGUCAGUCUGUGUCAUGGAAAGAGCAGGUGUUCCUAAUGUUUUGUACACUGUGUAUGUGUGAAUUGAUCUAAGGCAACAGAAGUAAAUACAGUUUGUUUCAUCUCUAUCUCCCUCUCCUCUCUAUCUUCUCUCCUUUCACUCAACCCUUAUUUCGUCCCUCGUUCUCAUCUCUACUCCCUCUCUCUCUAUCCUCUCUUCUCUCCUCCCUCUCUCUCUAUCUCUCCCUCUCCUCUCUAUCUCUCUCUCCUCUCCCUCUCUCUCUCUCUAUCUCUACUCUCUCUCCUCUACUACCUCUCUCACUCUCUCUCCUCUCCUCUCACUCUCGUCUCUCUCUCUCCUCUCUCCCUCUCUACCUCUCUCUCUCCCCUCUCUCUCUAUCUCUCUCUCAUCCUCUCUCUCGAUCUCUCUCUCUCUCUCUCCUCUCCUCUCUCUCCCCUCUCUCUCUCUCUCCUCUAUCUCUCCUCUCUCUAUCUAUCUACUCUCUCUCCUCUAUCUCUCCCUCUCCUCUCUCUAUCUCUAUCUAUCUACUCUCUCCAUCCAUCAGGUUGAGACUGGUGAGCCGGCCCUGGUGCCCAACACAGUCAUGGCCUUCCUGGAGAACCAUGGGAAGAACAUCCAGCUGUCCAAUCAGAACCUGACGGCGGCCCGCGUCUCCAGCUACAACCAGGGCCUCCUGGUCACAGCACAACCCCUGCCCCGACAACAACUGUUCCAGGUACUGUGUGUGUGUGUGUGUGUGAGUGACGGGGUUAGGGGUGUGUGUGUCAGGAUUUGAUUGGGGUAGCCAAGGGGGUGUUUAAUUGUUCUAUAGGGACACAUCUUUUAUAGUGCAUUCUGUUCCCAUAGUUGGUGAAUGACAUUUCGACUAUCAAUGUUGCCAUAGUUUCAGAUUGACCGCCUGAACACGUCGUGGACGUCGUCCCUGUCGCUAGGGGUGAUAGGCCACUCCCCAGACCGCCUCAACUUUCCCUCCACUGCGUGCUGUCUGAAACGCUCUGUGUGGCUGCUGCAGAGAGACUCUGUCUUCCACAACUCACUGAAGGUACUGGACACACACCAGUGUUUCCCCUAUAUUCAUUUAGCAGCAGCGCACCGCCGCUGCUAAAUCAUUGCCGCCACUGCAAAUAAAAAUUCUGCCAAGAUGAGCUUUUAAGAUCAGAGUGACAAGGUACAACAAGUUACAUAUCUUCCUCAGAUUGUCAUCAGAUCGUCUGAGAAACCUCCAAGCUAACUAGCUUGUAAUCCUGGAAGUGGAACCAUCCCUAUUAAGAUACAGUAACAUUACACUAGUGAAAUAAUUUCUGCCGUUAAUAUAGAAGUGGCUGGUGAUUUUAUUGAGAUCAAGAGAUAAAAUUAAACUGUCCUCGAUUUUCAGAUGAGUUUCAAAGGAAGAGAACAUUUCAUUUUAAUGCAUUUGACUUUAAAAAAAAGUCAACUUAAGUUUUGUUGAAUAACUGAAAAGGUCCCCCCCGCUAUCUCUGCCACAGCUACUGAAUUAAUUCCUAGGGGAAACACUGCGCGCACACAAACACACACACAAGGUACACACACACACACACACACACACACACACAAACAAGGUACAGAUAGCAAGACAAACACAACACGCAUCUUAAUUGAAAUGUACCCUCUCUCUCUCUUCUCUCUUUCCCUCCAUCACUUCACCUCCAUUCUCUCCCCGUUUUCCUCCCCAUCAGAUCUGUGAGAACUAUGGUCCAAACCUGGACACAUGUCCAGAGGGUACAGUCCUGGGUCUGCUAGUGGAUGUGAACAGCUGUCUGCACCUUUAUGUGAACGGUAUGGACCAGGGAGUAGCAGCCCUGGACAUCCCUACACCAUGCUACCCCCUCAUAGACCUAUACGGACAGUGUGAACAGGUACGUCUGUCACCCGCCCCCACUCCCAUUCAAAACGGUCCGAAUUAUUUUAGAGGUUGAAGAAGUUCAGACAUUUCUACCUGGACAUGAUUUAAUGAUGAACGGUCAUGGUGGAAAACCAGAUCAGCAUCCAGGCAGCCCUCUGAGCCUAUAUCAGGUGGGAGGGCUGGGAUUAGCGUUUCUAGCUAUUGAUCUAAAAGUGGCCCCGAGUAGGACUGAGUCCCAAAUGGCACCCUAUUCCCUAUAUAGUGUGCUACUUUUGACCAGAGCCCGGUCAAAAGUGGUGCACUAUUGGGCUCUGGUAGCACACUAUAUAGGGAAUAGGGUGCCAUUUGGGACUCAGUCCUACUCGGGGCCACUUUUAGAUCAAUAGCUAGAAACGCUAAUCUACUAGUCUUUCGCUCUAUGACCUUUAAUCUUGAAAUACCUCCACCUGGCCAAAGUUACACAGUGUAACAGUCAUAAUCCCAAUCUCAUUUAGAUGCUCCGUAAUCCCAGCCCUCCCACCAGGCCGGUUUAAUGAUCUCAGUUGCCCAGCCUGGCCUGGGACUGCAUAAUCUGUGUCACACCAGGGGCCGAGAGAUUUCAGUGACACCCUCUGAUGUCAUUGUCAUGGCAGGUUACCAUAGUGACCAACGUGUCAACCGUGGGAGGGGAGAGCGGCGAGGCGCGUUGCCAGGGCGACAUGGAGAAGGCUGACAUGGUUGAUGGUGAGAGGAGGAGAGCAUGACGAAUAUGUCAACUUAAUACAGGCCUUUUACAUCUGUGGCUCUGGGCUGAACCAGUGCUAACCUUUGACAUCUGACCUCCAGGGAUCAAAGAGAGUGUGUGCUGGACACCCCAUCCAGAGGUCAACCCCAACAAGACCUGUGAGUACCAGGCCCUGUGCUCGCGCUUCAAGGACCUGCUCGCACUGCCAGGUGAGGAACAUACACACUACUGUCUCUGUGUACUGCCCUCUCUCUCUGUCGUCUCUCUCUCUCUCUCUCUCUCUCUCUCUCUGUCUCUCUUUCUGUCUCUUUCUCUGUCUCUCUCUCUCUCUCUCUCUUCUCUGUCUCUCUCUGUCUCUUUCUCUCUCUAACUCUCGCUCUCUCUGUUCUCCGUCUCUCUCCGCUCUCUUUCUCCGUCUCCUCCUCUCUCUUCUCUCUCUCUCCGUCUUCCUCCUCUCCAUCUCUCUUCUCGCUAUCUCUCUCUCUCUCUCUCUCUCUCUCUCUCUCCUCUCUCCUCUCUGUCUCGUGGCUAAUGUCCUCUCUCUCUGUCUCUCUCCUCUCUCUUCUCGGUCCUUUUCUCUCGCUCUCUCUCUCUCUUUUCUCGCUCUCUUUCUCCGUCUCUUCUCUUCUCUCUCUCUCUCGUCUCUGUCUCUGUCUCUCUCUCUCUCUGUCUCUCUCUCUCUCUCUCUCUCUCUUUCCCUGUCGUCUCUCUGUCUCUCUUUUUCUCUGUCUCUGUCUCUCCGUGUCUACUCGUCUCUCUGUGACUUAAUCAUAACUUCUCCAUAUUUCGUUUUUCUCUCCCUCUCUCUGCCCCCUCCCCCUAUCAUCUCUCUCAGAUGGUUACUUCAACGAGGAUGCUAAGUAUAACCUGUGUUACUGUGAGUCGUGCCACAAGCUGCGGGGGGACGAGUCCUACUACAAGAGAGGGGAGCCCCCCCGGGAUUACGCCCUGCCCUUUGGCUGGUGCCGCUUCGCUCUGAGGUCAGAGGUUACAGACAGCCAAUCAGUGGGCUUCAAAAACUGUCUUCAACCAAUCACACUGUAGCUCAGUUGGCUGCAAAACUAUGUUCAACCAAUCACUCUUAACAUCAGUGACGGUGCUCUUCAAGUCCAAUUAAUCAGCCUGAAUUAGUUUUAUCUAGUUCAAUUAACUAAUUACUUAAUUAAUUACUUAUUUUCACCUUGACGGGAGAAGGAAAGUAAAAACAGUAAAGCUUUGAGAACUGGCUUUGAGUAUCAAUGUCAUAGGACUCUGGUAGAGGGGUUAUCUAACAACUUGGUGUGUAUGUUCUCCCUCCCUACAGGAUCAAGCCCCACUGUGAGGUGUCCAAUUCGUUUAAGAAGUGGCACAUAGCCUACCACGGCACCAGCGUAGGGGCUCUGAGACGCACCCUGGACCAUGCUCAGCUGCUCUCUGGUACGACAUGGCAUUUGUUUCCUUAUCCACUUUAUGGACUAACUAACUGUUGUGAAUUGACCACAGGUUGCUUAUUUUGAUGAGCAUAUCACCUCAAGGUGUUUCUCUCCGAAAGCAAUAACCGGAUUUCAAUUGGCCCAGCGUCGUCCGGGUUUGGCCGGUGUAGGCCGUCAUUGUAAAUAAGAAUGUUCUUAACUGACUUGCCUAGUUAAAUAAAGGUAAAAUUAAAAAUAAAUUAAAAUAAUCUAGCCUUUUGGAACUCAUGGUCGAUUUCCAGAACCAUUUCCAUCACCACAAACAUUUCCCCUAAUGAUUAAAGAAUGGUGAUGGUGUUGUAAAUGAACUAAACCGUGUUGUCUUGGUGUUUCAGGGACGUCGUCCAUUUUCUCUGUGUCUCCGUUGAAGACGGAGGGUCCUAACGGCUACAGUGAGCCAGAGGAGAACAGCAGCAACAGUCUCCCUGACAGGGACAGGGAGGCGCCCCGGGUACAGCUGUCCCCCACCAUGCGCUACUCCGGCCUGGAGAUGUUCGCCCCCAAAGUGCAGUACGUGUCAGUCAAUACCACUAUUUUCUGCCCUGUUAUUUGUCCCAUCUAUUGUUGCAUCUCUCUCAUGCUCUGCUCUCUAUCUGCCUUUUGCUCUUAUUCAAAUUUAAAUGAUUAUUACUGUCUUGUUCUUUCACUAUCUUGCUUUCAUUCUUCUUCCCAUGACUCCUGCUGUCCUCACUCUGCCCUUUCACUCUCUCCCUCCAGAUUCCGGGACCCCCGUUCUCACCGCUGUCACCAGGCCCAGGUGGGUUUCCAGGUGUGUGUGCGGCCGGGCUCCUAUAAGGUGGGGGCCCAGACCCUGGGAGCCAGCGAACCCCUGGAUCCCCGCUUCAGCAACACAGAGAUCGAGUGGAUCACUAAGGAGCAGGGGGGCACCGUCCUCUACGGCCUGCUCAUACGGGUGGAGUGAUAGCGGGAGUGAUGGAGAGAUUGAUGGAUGUAGAGAGAGAGAGGGGGAAAGGGAGCUACUGUAUCCCAGCGGUGCCUCCAAAACUACUACUUCUCCAUCAAACAUAUUCCAGACUUUGAGACUCUUUGGAAUUUGUGGAAUUUCCCCUCCUGUUCCUGUUGCUGGGGGGAUUGUUGACUGACAAUUCAGUAUUAUUUUUGUUUUGUUUAUUUUGGACAAUGUUUUUUGUUUAUUUGUUUUUGUUUGUUCUCUGACACUUUUUUAACGGGAAGGAGCUAAGGUGGAUUCAGAGAAAAACAACCAGACGGACACUGCCUGCACUUUAUGUUUUGGACACUUCGUGGGCGAUUAAUUUUUUAUUUUAACAUUUAUUUUUUAUCCUUCAUAAUACAACACUUGUUUUUGGUCACAGCUAUUUUUCUUUUAGCGCAGUUUGUAUUGUCCUCCCCCCUCUCUCUCUUGUUCUCUCCCUCUAGCUCUUGUUUUUAUCAACCCCUAUGCCCCAGACUGAUCCGUUUGGUUCUCCUGUGAAAAGGCACAGAGUGCACAACCCAAACCGGUCAUGUUGCGUUCCAAGACUUGGACCGUUUGUUGAGCCACUUCGCAACGGCGACCUCCACCCGUCACCGCCUGCUGCGCAAGACGGUCACUGACUAUUGGGUUUUUUAAACGAAAUACUUAACCACGGGUCAGAAGGAAAUGGAGGAAAAGAGCGAUAGAUCAAACAAUGACCCGAAAGGAGGAAAAAAUACUGGAAAAUAACCCUGAACAGGAGGACCUGAGAGCAUCUGUAGAGGGAGGAACUCAAAAACUGCCGCAAAAUGUUUACAGGUGUAACGCUAACUGCACUGAUCUGAAAACAAAGGAUAGGUGAAAACGAUCAGGUGGCUGUUGCCUAAUGGGAAUUUACUUUCACCUGUCCAGUUCCGGUUCAUUCAUAUCAGUGCAGAUAAAGGAAAGGAGACGAGGAGAGGAAGCCAUGAAGGACUAUAGUGAUGGAGACUAACACCACCGUCAGAACUAGUGGGAGAGAAAUGUUCAAUGUUUUUCAACCAGUCAGUCUGGCCAUUAAGCUUUGUCUCCUGAAUUCUCCCCUAUCACUGCUUUACACCUGUCAUAUUCACUUCACUGGAGGUUAGAGGGAUUCUACACAUGCAGUGUAGAGGGAAUAACAGGGGUGUGUUCAGCAGGGAGAAAAUGUUUUGAAAACGGGGAGGUUCUACCUGAGCUUGUCCAAUGAGAAAACAGUUGUUUUCCUUUGCUAAAUUUCAUUCUUUACAGUGUGCCAUACUAAACAUUACUCUGAUGCAUAAAGGCCCAGGCCCGAUUCUAUUUAAACUAGUAAUCGAAAUGGGCCUGGACCUAAAGAUAUCUCUUCUCAUUUUCUAUAGCUAGUUCAGGAGGAAAACGUUGUGUAACGCUGCAGAUAGAAAUGUCAUGAAUA